GACGCUGCCGCUAGCAAGAAACCUCCAAGAGAUGGAUGAUUUAAUUUUUUUGCGCAUCAUCGCUGCUUCUAAAAAAUAUUAACUAUUAAUCACAUUUUGUUUUUGAAUCAUAGUUUGGCUUAACAUGGCGUGCAUUUCUUUCCAAAGCCAGCUUUCGUCCAUCUUGGAGGUUCUGGUCAAAGCAGCAGUGUCAGAAAUAAGCAAACUCGUCGAUGACAAUAGUGCCUUCUUGCACCUGGAAAUCUCCCAAAAGCAGAGCGAAAAUGAGGCACUGAAGAGGAAAGUGAUCAUGAUGGAGAAUAAAAAUGCUCAGCUGCAGCGAGCCUUCGCAAACAUGAUGCACAGAGGAAGCAACGUUGGAAAUGAUCCACAUUCCACAGGACAGAUCAAGUGUCCAGUAAUGGAAGAUGCCACCAUCUCCUUCACAAUCAAGGAAGAGAGUCCGGAUGAGGUGCUGUGGAUCAGCGACCGCUCUGGCACGGCAGGUGCAGCACAGCAGUACCAGAAUGCUGCAGAGAGUCAGAGGUUUGAGGAGGCCUCCGGGAAGACGACCUCGGACUUUGGAGACUCCUUCAUCUCAAGUGAGCAGGUAGGCGAGGUGGGCGGGCUUCAGUUGCUGGUCAAGACGGAGAAGGCGGACGGCGAAUGUCAUCUGGGUGCGGGCAAGCAGGACCAACUUCCUGACUUGGCUUUGGACGAGAGGGAAAGUCAGCUGUGGUCGUCCAUCAUCGAAGGUAGCGACAUUGACUCCAGUUUCCCAGACUUUUCCAGCGUGGUGGACGAAUAUUCCAACUCUUUCCCUGAGCAGUCGAACGUUCGCGUUGUUUCUGGCAAGUCAGCCGCUGUCCAGCAGCAUUCCUCACAGAGGUCUUGUAACGGCGUUUAUAACAGCGACUACCACAAGGACCCGCAGUUGUCCGGUUGUCAGGCCAGACCUUCAUCUGCGGUCUCGCAGACAGACACGCACAAGGAUCCGGUUUACCUGCCGAGGAACAACUCACAUGGGCUUCUGAGGCGCGGCCAAGACGGGGAACACACCGCCGUAGAUGCACUGACAGCAACACCGUCGCACAACACCUUCACAGCACCAGCCGGCCACCAUCUUGACCCCACCCACCGGCCGUUCACAGGUGGGGGGCGGAGCUUUGUGUGCUCGCAGUGUGGCAAGGCGUUCGCCCGCCUCCACCAGUUCAAGCUGCACCAGCAGAGCCACAAGAGGAAACGGGCCUUCUGGUGCACGGUGUGCGGCAAGGGCUUCCAGUGCUCGUCGCACCUCAGCAUCCACCACCGGACGCACACAGGCGAGAAGCCGUACUGCUGCCUGCAGUGCGGCAAGAGGUUCACGCAGCAGAGCAGCCUGAGGGUCCACCAGCGCACGCACAGUGGCGAGCGGCCGUACAACUGCGCCGAGUGUGGCAAGACUUUCAUCCUCAUGCACCACCUGAAGCGCCACUGCGUCAUUCACACGUACAGCUGAGGCGGGCCACAGGGGGCGCUCAAGCCAGCCUCACUUCUGCUGAUGUUGUCGUUACAGCGCUUGAGCUUUUUUCUGACUAUGCAAAAACCUUCAUGUUGGAUUUUUAAAGUGGUUUGCUGCUUUUUAAAGAUGUAGGAUUUUGCCACGUUUUCACCAAGCAAUGCUGUCCAGGGGCCUCACCUAUAAAAAUGUGCGUGGAAAUCUGACUAAAAGUCUGCGUACGCCAGAAACCCAAAAUGUGCGUACGGACAAAAAUAUUUAGACCUAAAAAAAAGUGGCGUACUCAUACUUUCACGCAAUUUGUGGUUCACAGAUUCCACCUUGAGGAGAACUGUGCGUACGCAACUCCACGCUCAAGGUACGGUCAAGUUCAUUGCAAAGUGACUCAUGAAUGUGGCGUCCACAUUUAAAGAGCCUUGAGCGGGCCGAGUGGUUAGCAUGUUGGCCACACAGUCAGUAGAUCGAGAAGAUCUGGGUUCGAAUCUCCGUUGGGCAUCUUUGUGUGGAGUUUCCCCGUGCGUGUGUUGGUUUUCUCCGGGUACUCCGGUUUCUUCCCACAUGUUAGGUUAAUUGGCGACUCUAAAUUGUCCAUAGGUAUGAAUGUGAGCGUCAAUGUUUGUCUAUAUGUGCCCUGCGAUUGGCUGGCGACCAGUCCAGACCAGUACCCCGAAGUCAGCAUACCGGAUAAGCGGCAUAGAAAACAGAUGUAUGGAUGGAUGAUUGCAUUGGAAUCACAGCUGGUGGGAAGACGACGACGAUGAAGAAGCGGGCUUUCAUGGAAAUGGAGGUGGUAAUACUGGAAAAAGUGUCAUAUUUGGAAGACACAGCUGUGGCAUAACAAAACAAAGCUUGAACAAAGCACGUCCGCUGCUAUCAGUGUGAAUGGAGCUGGGCCAACUGAGGCAAAAAAAAAAGCAGUCCAAUAUCAAGGCACACAUUUCCAUUUUUGGGCAUUGAUAGCAUUCCCUCAUUGAUACGUUUUAGAUUAAUACAACCUUAGCAAAAUCUGUUAAAUUCAAAGGUGGACGCAAAGACUCAAAACGGUUAAGAUUAAGUUAUAUUGACAAUUAAUUGCUGUCAUUCUAUUUUUAAAAUUAUUUAAUUAAACUGAUGUAACUUAAUGAUGACAUUAACACCAUCAAACUAUUAGGUAUAUUCUAAUUAUUUUAUGAGGAACUAAUGAACAGUCAUGGAAAAAAUGAUUAGACCGCCCUUGUUUCUUCAGUUUCUUGUUCAUUUCAAUGCCUGAUACAACUAAAGGUACCUUUGUUUGGACAAAUAUAACAAUGACAACAAAAAUAGCCUGUAAGAGUUAAAUUGUUUGGCAGUACAAUGUUAUAGCUAUUCAUGUAAGAACUUAAUUUUGGUUAUUAUCAAGGAAACCAUGGAAGUUGGUAGACAUCAGCUCUUAAAUUAAACUCUUACGAGCUAUAUUUGUUAUCAUCAUUAUAUUUGUCCAAACAAAUGUACCUUUAGUUGUACCAGGCAUUAAAAUGGAUCAAUAAACUGAAGAAACAAGGGUGGUCUAAUCAUUUUUUCCAUGCCUGUAUGUUCUUUCAAAGCACAACAAAAGAAAAACCCAUCAUUUGUGGAAAAGGAAAGAGUAAGUUUACGCACACGGCCCUGACACUGUCCAUACAAAUAAAGGCCUUGCAUGGUAACUAAAUGUUGCUAUUUAUGACAUACUUGACAUAUGCAAUGUAUUUUUUGAUAAACUGCCCAAACAAAAGCGAGAAAUUGAGCACUGAGGACAUGUUAGCGCUGUGUCUUGUAAACUUGAACCCUAGAAUUAUUUAAUUGACAACAUGAUGUUUGUUAUAAUUAAUAUUAAUUGGACACAUAAUAUUAUCAUGAUUGUAAAAUAAAAUGAAGUAUUCAAGUGCUGCGUUGUUUUUCAUGUAUGUUUUAGUUUGGAUACUAUACGCUUGUGCGCAAUGGUGUUUAAAUGACAAACGAUAUACAUCAGUGUCAUGUAAAUUAACAACACUUUCCACAAAUGUUUUAAGUCAAUAAUGGCGUGAUGUUUUCAUGCAGUAAUGGAUCAAUCUUUAUUGGCUUCCAUUUCAUGUUUAUUUAUAACAUAUGAUUUCACUUAAAAUGUGCAUCGCCUCUUUGCCUUGUCUCUAAAAAGUGCGUACACCAGCUGUAAAGGGUGGGUACCAGUGCGCACAUUCUCACGUCAGUUUGUGUUUUUAUAGGUAACAUAUUUAGCGUGGAAAACGGUGGAAGCAACUUUUUGGCCCUGUUUUGUGCGUACGCAAGCUUUCUAGGUGAGACCCCAGUUCAGUACGUUUUUAUUGUCGAAAGUAGUGAAGACUCCCAAAAUAAGUGAUCCAUACCACGUUUUUGCACCCCUAGUGGGCGGAGCUAGACAGUUUGUUGAUUGGUGAGCAAAGAUUGAUCACUUCAGGAAUGGAAAGAAGAGAAAACACUAAGAUGUCCGCCAUUGUUGUUGACUGCUGUGAUGUCACUGUGUUAUUCACAUAGCUGAUCAGGAUUUACGCUUCAAACCAUUCAAUGCGACUCAACCUCUUGAUGGAAACGUGGAUUUCAAGAUGGUUGUAACAUCCCACAAUGGGAAGUUACAAGGAAUCCCUGCAGACCUUCUGUCGUAACAGAAGACAUCACAUUGUCCAGCCCAGCAGCUCCUCUGGACAGAAACCUGCAUGACUCAGACUUGACUUUUUCUAUGAACUUUACUCUGUGUGUUCUCCAUUUAUUAUUAAAUUAUUGUUCAAACCAGAAGGUGGAUGUGUGGUGAUGUUAAACAGAUGUCACAUUAAACCUUUGGUUUAGGUUUCUAGCAUAAUAUCUAAUGUUAAUAAUCUUUUAUUUGUAAAAAUACUAG